AGCACUCGAAUUCUCGGCAGCCAGCAUGUCCAACCCAUCUCAGCUCCCCCGGCGAAUCGUCAAGGAGACGCAGCGCCUUCUCGCCGAACCAGUACCUGGCAUCAGCGCGACGCCGUACGAAGACAACUUGCGAUACUUCCAAGUCGUGAUUGCCGGGCCGCAGUCGUCGCCGUAUGAGCACGGGAUUUUCAAACUGGAACUUUUCUUGCCCGCGGACUACCCGAUGGCACCGCCGAAAGUCCGCUUCCUCACACGCAUUUACCACCCCAACAUUGACAAACUCGGCCGCAUCUGCCUGGAUAUCCUCAAGGACAAGUGGUCGCCGGCCCUCCAAAUCCGCACCGUCUUGUUGAGUAUCCAGGCAUUGCUGUCCGCCCCGAACCCGGACGAUCCGCUCGCCAACGACGUCGCGGACCACUGGAAAACAGACGAGCCCGCCGCGUUGCGAACGGCCACGGAAUGGACGCGUCGCUUUGCGUAGACGGCAGCCCCACCCAACGUCAUGGUCUCUUCCGUCGAAGAGUAGGGACAGCAUUGCAUAUCGUCGUCUUUCCCAUCCAAUAUGAACCCCGUUCUCGA